CUCUCAGGUUUUGUUUUGCGCUUGGUUAUAAUCAUAUUAAGUCAAUCGUGGCGAUGCUAGCUGAUAUGGUUCAUUAAAUAGAGGCUGAUGAAAAAUCAGCGAAUUGUUUUUUUUUUCUCAAGGUUGGGAAUAACGUUGACUUGAAAGGACGUAGAUUGAUUCUGGAUGCUUUUAUACUUAACUGAUGCUUGGCUAGACGACCCCGCUUUUUGAUUUGCCGAAUUGUAUUAUUACUGACUAGAUAUGGACUAUUUCAUGAAUUGAAACGAAAGCUUGGAUUUGAGGUCUAACGAUAGAAAAUAUCUUGAUAGAUCGUCUGGUAUCAUUCUCCUUUGACAGCUGCAGUGUAGCUGGUUGCACUGUAGGAGAGGUGUGAAGUAAGUACCAGCGUUAUGAAAGAAGAAGACUUGUAAGCUAUGGUUCAGUCCUGAUGGACAUUAGAGGGACAUCUGGAUACCGAAGGCAGCCACGCUAACAUCUCCUCACACACCCUCUAAGCGUAUGCGCUCUCCUUUAUCAUUUUGGGUUGCAAAGCACCCAUCUGGUGUGCAGAAUUGGAAUUAAAACGAAGAUCCCGAUAACCAUGCAUCAUGUUUCGAAUUAGCUGGCUGGUUGUAACGAUUUCAUUGGGAAUGUACAAUUGUGAAGGGGAGCUGGACAUGACACUUCAUCGCCAGCAAAGCAGUUAGCAGAACAUCUUGCAUUUCUUCGCUUUCGGCUAAUGCUCGGUUUUGACCGCUUUUCGAUCUGUAUGGAUUUGCUAAUAAACAGACUACGUUUAUGUGCUAGACUGAAAAUGGCUUGACAUAACAAGAACGGCGAAUUUCACAAAUCUACAAUAUAAUCAACCGUAGGCUGGAAUAUCGAAAGGGAUCUUGCAGUGCUAUCUGUGUAAUUGUUUGCCACCGGAUUAUUAGAAACAAUGGGGGAGCAGCCCAUCUUCAGCACGCGUGCCCACGUUUUCCAGAUAGACCCCAAUACCAAGAAGAACUGGGUUCCUACCAGCAAGCACGCCGUCACCGUCUCCUACUUCUAUGACAGCGUGAGGAACGUCUACCGGAUCAUCAGCCUGGAUGGUUCUAAGGCAAUAAUAAACAGCACCAUCAGCCCGAACAUGACGUUCACAAAGACGUCACAGAAAUUCGGGCAGUGGGCGGACAGCCGUGCCAACACGGUCUACGGAUUGGGCUUCUCCUCCGAGAACCAUUUGAAGAAGUUUGCAGAAAAGUUUGCAGAGUUUAAGGAGGCGGCACGGAUAGCGAAGGAGAAGUCCCACGAGAAGGCGGAGCUGGCCAGUACUCCUUCUCAGGAGUCGGCAACUGGGGACAUGCAGUCUCCCUUCACCCCGGAGAGUGUCAACGGCACCGACGAGGAGAGGGCCACACCAGACAUCAGCCACAACGCACUGCCCUUCCCACACGGCUCAGCCAUCAACAAGCAUUGGGAGGCUGAGCUGGCAGCACUGAAGGGCAACAACGCUAAGCUGACAGCCGCACUUCUGGAGUCCACAGCCAACGUCAAGCAGUGGAAGCAGCAGCUCGCGGCCUAUCGGGAGGAGGCCGAGAGGCUACAUAAGCGGGUAACGGAGCUGGAGUAUACGUGCAGCCAAACGAACGUGAUCAAAACUCACAAAACGGAGCUAAACCAGACAAUUGAGGAGCUAGAAUCCGCACUGAAAACAAAGGAAGAGGAGAUUGAUGGGCUAAAGGCAGAGGUGGAGAAUGCCAGGCAGUUGCAGGCACAGAGGGACUCCCUUGCCCAGAAGCUGCAGGAGACGGAGACGCGGAGCAGAGACCUGGUGGGGCAGCUGGCUGACCUGGAGCAGAGACUGGAGAGCAACCAGCUGGGCCAAGAGGCCUUCCUGAGGAACCUGAGGACCCUGCUGGAGCUCCUGGAUGGAAAGAUCUUUGAGCUGACAGAGCUACGGGACAACCUGGCCAAGCUGGUGGAGGGCAGCUAGAGGAACUCUCACACCUACAGCCUGACCUGUGCCUCAGGAACACAUAUCCAGAGCAGAGCAGUGACAGUGGCACCAGCGAGACAUCUGUGGGAUGGGGGGAUGGGGGGGGCAGAGACGUUGGUAAGGUCAGGUUUCCCAUCUGAGGACUGGAAUUAUCACAUGGGUGUUCUGUUCAAUAUGACAUUGUUCUAUUAUAGCGUACCCAAUAAUCCAACAUGGCUGAGUUAUCUACUCAUCCAGAGAGUGGAAAAUUAUGUUCACGCUUCUUGGUUUUAAUUCUCUGUGGCCAGACUUGGUCAAAUGUGGGCGUUUAUGGAUGCAGUAUACUAUCCCUAAUAAUAGUAGUAAUGAUCAUUGUCUUAUUAAAUGAAAUCUAGUUGUAUAUUUUAUAUAAAUAAAGUAUAGAUUGUGGAGCCAGUUUUUCUCCCAGCUGUACAGACAGCAUUGCCUUUAAAUUGCAUUGAUUGCAGUAUUUCUUUAUUGAGUUGCUGUUUGCCAUUUCUUGUUAUAUACUCAAACUUCUGCUCAGACUUCCUUAUAGUUUGUGUUUCCAUCCAGAAUGCAUGGGUGGGGCAAUGGUAGUGUCUCCUUGGGCUGGUGCCUGUCCAGGGUCUUCCCACGUGCCCCAUCUUUCACGUUGGAGGGGAAUUCAGGGCUUUGCAGAAUGGUGAGAUUCCACACGGAUCCGCAAAGGGUGCGGUGUGGUGUAGGAUGGGGGGGGGGAGGGGGUGGGCACUCGUGCCCAGUGAGCUUCUGAGCUAGUGUGGGUACACUAACUGGGAAGUGUGGUGUGUCAUAGAUCCAGCCUGGUUAUCUGCUGCAUACAUUAAUCUUGCUGUACAGACACACACACAUAAUAUAAUACAUGUGAUGUGUACGUAAUUUUAAACUUUUAAAAUAUCCUUAAUUUUCUGUUGAAUUGUGUUUAUUAUUACUGCCAUAAUUCCCUGGUUUGUUAAAUUUGUUUAAAGUGCUAAGGCAUUAUUUAUGCCGUACAAACUGCAAAUUAUAUCAGAAUCUGUGUGUAUGA